AUGCUAAACAAUAUUUAUGAAAGAAUAAUAGUUGCGUAUACUUCUAUUGAUCAGAAUUAAAGAAUAAGUGCUGAGAAAGAUUUGAAUCAGCUUGAAGAAUAGGAUGCUAAUUUAUGUGGAUAUUUAUUGGAAUUGAUAUAAACAUAAUAAUAAAAUAGCUAGAUUAAAUUUUUCACAAUAAUCCAUUUAAAAAAUGUUAUUAAACGUAGGUGGAAAGCUUUUAAAUAGAUGGUUGGUUGUGAGAAAAGAUAAAAUUAUUUUGCCGAAAAUUAGAAAAAUUAAAUCAAGGAAUUAGUAUUAUAAUUCUACUGUUAAGAACAAGUAGGUCAACUCAAAUAGGAAAUUUUAUAAAUUUUAUACGAAGUAUGCUCAAGUGACUACCCUUUUAAAUAUCCAUUAUUAUUAAAAUACAUUAAUCAAUAAUUGGAAGCGAAUAACUUGGAUGAACAAUUAUUAUCAUUCCUAAAACAAAUAUUCAAAAUUAUGCCUAAAAAUCAAUAAAAAAAUGAAUAAUAUAAUUGCUUAUGGUAAAAAAUAGCCUCAUUAUGGGUCAGAGCUGAUAAUCUAAAUAAUUAUUCAUAGUAAUCUUUGCUUCUACUUGAUAAAAUGUUUACUAAUUUUAUCUUAUCCUAUCACUCAAAUGUCUUCAAAGAUGAAAUAUAAUAGAUUUUUAGUUCAAUGUUACAAAAAAUUGCCAUCUUAUUACAAAGUGACACAUAAUAAUAAUAUCAUAAGAAUAUUACACAUUUAAUUUCUAAAUGCUCUAAAUUGGUUGCUAAUUAUCCGUUUUAAUUAACUUAAAAUUUACCAGAUUACUUAUAAAUGUUAAGUGUAACAAUUAAUUCCAAUAAAAAGAUUAUUACUAAAGGAGGUUUAAUUUCCUUUAUUAGGUUUCUUAAACUAUCAUAGUUAUUUUUAACUGAUGAUUUAUUGUUGCUUAAUAUGAAAAAAUAUUCCGACUAAGAGAAAUAAUAAGUCUUAAAAGAGAAAUAAGUUGUUGAUACAAUUAUAAAGUAAUUUUUUGAAAAAGAGAGCUAAAAUUUCAUAUAAAGAUUUUUAACAUUAAUAACAUCAUCAAAUGAAAUCAGUAUUGAAGAUAUGAUUGAAUAAGAAGAAGAAAAUGAAUUUGAAAAAAUUUUGCAUCCAAAAGAUGCCGAAAUUUUUAGUUUAGCAUUAAUUGCUGCAGAACUUCUCAUAGUCAGAGCUCCAUCAAUAUGUUCAAAUUUACUUUAAGGAUAUAUCGAUUAGACAAUUUAAGCAUAAUUUUAAAUAAAUCCAAACGUUUUAGAAAGUUUAUUGAUAAUUAUUGGUUUAAUUCCAAAAAUUUAGUCAAAGCUAAAAUUCUAAUUUUAAAUCUAAUAUCCCACAAUUAUCUAAUACUUGUAAACGUCAAAUCAACUUCAUCAUUAAAGAAGACUGUCUAUUCUACUAAAUAGAUUAAUUCUUAUUUUAGAUUAGAAUUAAAUAUUAUCUUCUUUAUAAGUAGCAGGAAAUCUAUUGUCUACAUCUCAAGACAGCAUAAUACAAUACCAAUCCUUACUUUGUAUAAAAUAGGUGGCUGUUAAUUAUAAUGGAAGCAUCUAAUGGAGUUAAAUAUUGGUUACAGUCUGCCCAUAUAUAGUUGCACUUCUUAAGUGUCUAAAAAGAACAACAAUUAUCACACCUUUGUUAGAUUUGCUCUCUAAACUAAUCGAAAAAUGUCAAAAUGAAUAAACAGAAGUUGUGGUUAGUGCAAUAGAAAAUAGUGGACUUUUUUAAUUGAUGUAAUCAAAAUUCUAAGAAGCAGAGGAAAAUUUAUUGAUAAUAGAUUAGGUUUGUUAGAUGUUGAAAACACUCAUUAUUGCGUAUCCUCUCGGAACAAAAAUCCCACAUAUAUUCUAAAUGGCUCUUGUACUUAUUGUCAAUAACAUCAACUCAAAAUAAGCUUGUAUUUUGGAGUUAACACUAUUACUUUUAAGGGAAUAUGAAGAAUAGUAAUAAAAUUUUCCUAUUGAUCAAUUAAUAAGCAUCUUAUAGUAAAACUUAGAUUCUUUAUUAUCUGAUACCUCACAAAUAAACUCUUGCAUAAUUAUUUCAAUUAUUGAAGAAUUAUAUUUAUUGAAUACAUUUUCAGUAAAUGAUUUCUCAAAACACAUACCAUAUAUGGAAUCUAGAUAUUCACUAAGGGACACAAAUGUGAAAAAUUCAGUUUUAGGUCUUACAACUACUAUGAUUUUAAUGCUUUUGAAUAAUAAUAGAUAAGACAUAGCAAUAUUUUCAGGGUUAAUUUAAGUGAUACUGAAUGAUUUAUUAGAGCCAGAAAUGAAUGAAAUACUUGAAAAUAAAUUUAGAAUCGAAAUUUAAAUUGUCAGCAUACUUAACAGAUUUAUAAUUUUAGCAAGAGAUAAUUUCUUUUCUUUUGUUUAAUAAAAUAGCAUCUCUUUUGAAAAAUAUUUAUAAAGCUGGAUGAAAAAAUCAGAAAUAUUGGAAUCUGAAAAAUCUAUAAAAUUAAAUGUAAUAGCAUUUUUACUCAUAAUUGACUAUGUAUAACCAACUACAUUCAUUUAAUAUUUUACUUAAAUUGCAACAUAAUAUGCCAGAUUUUCAAAAAAACAAUUUAUUCAAAAAACAAUUGCAGUACUUACUCCAAAUUAAAGACUUUCAUAACAUAGGGCAAGCAAUAGAAAAGAAAAGAUAAGAAACACUUAAAUGCAUAAUGAACACAAUCUUCAACAAUAUUUUAAACAAAUGAUUCAAGACUAUAUUCUUAAGCAUAAUUUAUCAUAAGACCUAACAGUUAUUUAAGCUUUAUAGAUGAUCUCAUGA